AUGGCGGCAAUCAUGUCGUUGAAACAGGAGAUCGAGACCUGGGUUGGAGCCCUGGCUCGAUACGACAACAACGAAUUUGACGAUGCUGUCAAAGAGUUCGAGAAGAUUGCUGAAACCAGCAAGAUUCUCUUCAACAUCGGCGUCAUCCACGCCACCCUCGGCGAGCAUGAGAAAGCCGUCGAAUACUACCAGAGAGCCACUCGUCUGGACCAGUAUUUUGCGAUAGCUUAUUUCCAACAAGGUGUCUCGAAUUUCCUUUUGGGCGACUUUGAAGAAGCUCUUGUGAACUUCAACGACACCCUUCUCUACCUUCGUGGUAACGCCACGAUCGAUUACACGCAGCUGGGUCUUAUCUUUAAGCUCUACUCCUGCGAGGUGCUAUUCAACCGUGGUCUAUGCUACAUCUACCUCCAGCAGAAGGGACCUGGAAUGGAUGAUCUUAGCUUUGCAGCCAAGGAAAAGGUUGUCGAGGACCAUAAUGUCAUCGAUGAAGCAAUUAGAGACGAGGCAGAGGGUUACACUGUCUUUUCCAUCCCAGUAGGCGUUGUCUACAGGCCAAACGAAGCCAAAGUCCGCAACCUCAAGACGAAAGACUACCUCGGCAAGGCAAGAUUAGUCGCUGCCUCUGAUCGCCCCAACCACCCACCCAAUUUCUGGGGUGCGGAUUUGAACUUUGUUGGGAGAGAUGAUCGCCCACCAGAGAGCAUCUCCUUUGCUGCCUCAAAUCUUGUCAAGCCUGGUCUUCACUCCCGAAGACAACAGUCCGAGCCUCCACUGAACCGCAAUAUGUUCCCACCCACACCACCUCCAGAGAUCGAUGGCCGUUCGGUCGUCUCACGACGCUCAUCUACCCGUAGCAUGCCGAAGCCUGCAUUGGCCAAGCUCAAAAUCCAACCCCACGAGCCUCAUUCAAAGUACGAGAAGUCAAUCAGCCCUCCCGACUUUUGGCCUGUGCGUGCCACCAAAUCGGCAAAUGCAACCCCCAUUCGGGGUAGAGAUCAGGGACCGGUGUUACUGCAGAGGACCCCGACAAUCGACGAGGAAGCUGUGGAAGCCUACCCCGGACAGAUGUUUGACAGCUACCAAAACAGACAAGUUCCCGGUCACCGGAGUUCGAGAGGUAGCAACCAACACCAAAGAGGCAAUUCCCAUGGCCAACAGCGUUUUAUCAUGGAGGAGAGGUCGGGAUCUGACAACGACAACGGUUCCGUGGGCUCUGUCGAGUUCGAGAUGCAUCCAGGGAACAUUCGUCGCCCCUCUGCCUCAUCAGCCAAUGGUCCCUCUUACCGAAAUGUCGAGAUGCGCCGAAUCCGAGUCAAGGUCCACACAUCGGAUGAUGUUCGAAAUAUCGAAUUCGGAUCGACCAUCCAUUUUCAAGACCUUGCCGACCGCGUCAGGGACAAGUUUGCCCUGCGAAGGCGAUUCAAGAUUAAGAUCAAAGAUGAAGAUAUGCCUGAAGGCGAUAUGAUCACCAUGGGUGAUCAAGAUGACCUGGAGAUGGCAAUUUCGAGUGCAAAAUCGAUUGCGAAGUUGCAUGGGCAGGAGCUUGGUAGAAUUGAAAUUUGGAUUUUCGAGUCAUAA